CAGCUGUUAGAAGAGCAGGGAGGAGCUGGAUCUGGUUCUGCUGGAUGACUCACUCUGUCAACCCAAGGCACCCUCAUUCACUCAUUUGCGCACACUCUCAUACACACACGCGCGCGCACGUUUGGUGGGGGGCGCGCGCUGCCUAGCUGAAGAGGGGUUCCUAAUCAAAGCGCGUCAGGGCCGUUCAUUCUCCACUGGAGGGCGAGUGGUACAAGAGCACCGGGACACUCCGGCAGCAGUGAGACAGAGCAGACAGUCGGAGGGAGACGGGAUAGAGCAGCAGCAGCAGCAGCAGCUGGAAGACACACUGGAAGACACACUGGCAGAGACACAGAUAGGCAGCCACACAGAGAGAAAAUCCCGACCGGGACUCUGCAAAGCAUCUUUUCUUUCCGCCGUUGGAUUAAACCCGUCCCCAGCACCGACAUCACGCCAAGACAUGAGCUUCUCCUGCUGAACGUUAUUGAUGCUGAACUGCUCUUUUUAGAGUGGUCCAGUGCUGUCCGCCAGUGUUUCCCCUCCCCUCAGUUUUCUGUCCCUCUGUCUGUCACCUGGUUUGGAUACCUCUUUGAAUGAUCACAGAGCCGCUUUGACAGAUCCAAUUAUGGUUUGUGAGCAGCAGCCAUGACGAAGUCCUACGAGUUCAACUGGCAGAAGCACCUGCCUGAGUUCAUGCAGGAUGGCACCUCCUUUGACAGGUUUGAUGAGGACCCGUACAUCUUUGAGCCCAACUGUCAAAUGAGGGUGGACGAGUAUGGCUUUUUCAUCACCUGGAAGAGUGAGGGAAAGGAAGGCCAGGUUCUCGAGUGUUCCCUCAUCAACAGCAUUCGCGUUGGUGGCGUCCCAAAGGACCCCAAGAUCUUAUCAUCAUUCGAGGCCAUUGGAAAGACGGAGGCAGACUUAGAGGGCUGCAUCAUCUGCAUCUGCAGCGGCACAGACCUGGUCAACCUCAACUUCAUGUUCAUGGUGGCAGAGAACCCGGACACAGCCAGGAAGUGGAUUGAGGGUUUGAGGUCAGUUAUUCACAACUUCAAGGCCAACAAUGUCUGUCCAAUGACCUGCCUCAAGAAACAUUGGAUGAGAAUGUGCUUCCUGACCAAUGUGAAUGGGAAGAUUCCUGUUAGAGGCAUUACUCGAACAUUUGCAUCAGGAAAGACAGAGAAGGGGAUCUUUCAGGCUCUAAAGGAUCUUGGCCUUCCUAGUGGAAAGAAUGAUGAGAUUGAACCUUCAGAUUUCACCUAUGAUAUUUUCUACGCGCUCACACAGAAGAUCUGCCCUCGCACAGACAUAGAGGAACUCUUCAAGAAGAUCAAUGGGAACAAAACUGAUUAUUUAACUGUAGACCAGUUAGUCAGCUUUCUGAAUGAAAACCAGCGUGACCCUAGGUUAAAUGAGAUCCUGUUCCCGUUUUACGACCCCAAGAGAGCAAUGCAGAUCAUUGACAAAUACGAGAGAGAUGAAGAGCUGAAGAAGAAAGGUUACAUGUCCAGCGAUGGGUUCUGCCGGUACCUGAUGUCAGAUGAAAAUGCUCCAGUUUUCUUGGACCGGCUCGAGCUGUACCAGGAAAUGGACCAGCCACUGGCCCACUAUUUCAUCAGCUCGUCCCACAACACUUACCUGACAGGGAGACAGUUUGGAGGAAAGUCCUCAGUAGAGAUGUACCGCCAGGUCCUGCUGUCUGGAUGCAGAUGUGUGGAGCUGGACUGCUGGGAUGGGAAAGGAGAGGACCAGGAGCCCAUUAUCACUCAUGGCAAGGCCAUGUGCACAGACAUCCUGUUCAAGGAUGUUAUCCAAGCCAUCAAGGAGACAGCAUUUGUCACUUCAGACUACCCUGUUAUUUUGUCCUUCGAAAACCAUUGCAGUAAACCACAGCAGUACAAGAUGGCCAAGUAUUGUGAGGAGAUCUUCGGUGACUUCCUUCUCAAACUGCCUCUGGAAAACUACCCGAUUGAAUCUGGGCGCCCCUUACCCUCUCCAAAUGACCUCAAACGUAAAAUCCUCAUAAAAAACAAGCGCUUGAAACCUGAAGUUGAACAGAAGCAGCUAGAAGCCUUUAAAAAACACAUGGAGGCAGGAGAGACCAACACCCCUGCCAUCAUCAUGGGAGAGGAGAAUGAAGAAGACACAGAGAACGGUCAGCUAAAUGACAGGGAAAAGGAGGCUGAGGACAAGGAUUUGAAUUCGGAGGCCCCCAGCAUCCUGUCAGAGGCAACCAGUGAGAUAGAGGCCAACAGUGUUUCCCAGAGUAACGCGGUCAGCUCGAGGAAAGAGGAAGAAGGCAGCAACAGUAUCAAGAAGGUGCCUGAAGAUGAAGUGACAGAGAUAUCGGAAGCCACAGAAGCAACAGACGCCACAGAUAUCUCAGAAGCAUCUGACCAAGAUAAUAACAAGAAGGUUGUGGAGGAGGCGGAAGAUUCUGAAGAGGCUCUGAUAGCUCAGUACACCUACGUAGGAGCCACCACUAACAUCCACCCGUAUCUCUCAGCCAUGGUCAACUAUGCACAGCCCGUCAAGUUCCAGAGUUUUGAUGUGGCUGAGGAAAGGAACAUCCACCAUAACAUGUCAUCUUUUAACGAGUCUGUUGGUCUGGGCUAUCUGAAGACCAAUGCCAUAGAGUUUGUCAACUACAACAAGCGUCAGAUGAGCCGUAUCUACCCCAAAGGGGGCCGGGUGGACUCCAGUAAUUACAUGCCUCAGAUCUUCUGGAAUGCAGGCUGCCAGAUGGUCUCACUCAACUUCCAGACCCCAGAUUUGGCCAUGCAGCUGAACCAGGGAAAGUUUGAGUACAACGGCUCCUGCGGGUACCUGCUGAAGCCCGACUUUAUGCGGCGGUCAGACAGGAUGUUUGACCCUUUCUCAGAGACACCGGUGGAUGGCGUAAUCGCUGCAACCUGCAGCGUACAGGUGUUCUCUGGGCAGUUCCUGUCAGACAAGAAAAUCGGAACGUACGUUGAGGUUGAUAUGUAUGGGCUGCCGACGGACACCAUUCGGAAGGAGUUCCGCACACGUAUGGUGAUGAACAAUGGACUGAACCCAGCCUACAACGAGGAGCCCUUUGUCUUCAGAAAGGUGAUCUUACCGGAUCUAGCAGUACUGCGCAUUGCCGUCUACGACGACAACAACAAGCUGAUUGGCCAGCGCAUUCUGCCUUUGGAUGGCCUGCAGGCUGGCUACCGUCACAUCUCGCUGAGGAACGAGGGCAACAAGCCCCUGUCGUUGCCCACCAUCUUCUGCCAAAUCAUCCUCAAGACCUACGUGCCCGACGGUUUCGGAGCAAUUGUGGAUGCCCUAUCGGACCCAAAGAAGUUCUUGACUAUUGCAGAAAAGAGAGCUGACCAGAUGAAGGCACUGGGGAUUGACACGAACGACAUAGCAGAUGUUCCCAGUGGAAGCUCAAAGAACGACAAGAAGGGAAAGGGUAAAGGAGACACUGUGAAGGCCAGUGUGACACCGCAGGCCAGCUCAGACAUGGCCCAGACCUCCAACUCCUCCCAAAAUAACACAGCAGAAGCCAAGAAGGAUAAUGCACUCGUGCCUAAUGUCAGCAUUGAUGACUUAAAACAAAUGAAGACGUACCUUAAAUUGAUUAAAAAGCAACAGAAGGAGCUCAACACUUUAAAGAAGAAACACUCAAAGGAUCAAAAUACAAUGCAGAAAGCCCACUGCACCCAGGUGGACAAGAUGGUGUCUCAGCAUGAUAAGGAGAAGACAACCCUGGAGAAACUACUGGAGAAAGCCAUCAAGAAACGAGGGGAAAACAACUGCCAAGAGCUGAAGAAGGAGACAGAAGAUAAGAUCCAAACGCUGAUCGCCGAUCACAAAGUCAAGGUAAAGGACAUCACAGCACAGCACACUAAAGAGUGGUCCGAGUUGAUCAGUAGUCACAGCAGCGAGGAGCAGGAGAUGAAGGACAGCCACGUCACACAGCAGUGUGAACACCUCAAGAAACUCCUGACCACUGUCCAGGAGCAGCAGACCAUGCAGCUCAAACUCAUCCAUGAACGGCAGAGCAAAGAGAUGCGCGCCAACCAGGCCAAGAUGUCCAUGGAAAACAGUAAAGCCAUCAGCCAGGACAAGUCCAUAAAAAACAAGGCAGAGAGAGAGAGGAGAGUGCGAGAAUUAAACAGCAGCAACACCAAGAAGUUCCUGGAUGAGAGGAAGAGGCUGGCCAUGAAGCUUCAGAAGGAGAUGGAACAGCUACAGAAAAACCAGAGAGAACAGUUGGAGAAACUGGAGAAGUUCAAUGAGCAGCUUUUGAAAUCACACCAUGCAAACAAACAGGUUCAAGGCCAAGGACAUGCAGCAGAUGGUGAAGUUGGAGGAGGAGAUGGACCGCAGACCUGCCACGGUGGUGUGAGCGACUGAGACCGAGACACAAGCGUGCACACACGUACACACACACACACACGCAGGUGCAGAAACACUCCACCGCGAAUAGCCCUCUACAACCCAGAGUCGUUAACCCUGCCAACAUUACUGUCUCUGUACUUUUCACACACCGUAGCCCCUCCCCACUUUCUGCAUCCUUACCCCACCCACUAACUUUAAACCACUGAGCCAUUGGCGCUUAUCACUGUUUGACAGGGGGGUUAACCACUUAUCGAGAAAGGAAAUGUUGCCUCAGAGACGAAGCAACACAGAGUCAGACCCGUCCCUUUCUCCACUGUAUGUAGGCCUACACUUUCUAUCAACUUCAAUGUUCUCUGCGUCCUAUGGGCAACACAAGAUGCAGCUAUUGGUGGAGACACACACACACACACACACACACAGAACACACACGCACAAACACAUUCACUCACGGGAAGUGGAUAUCUGUUCCCUUUUUGACUUGUUUGGGUUUAGUUUUUUUCUGUUUUGUUUUUUUUUUUUUGUUGUUGUUGUUUUUUCCAUCGGUACCCGAUUAGCCGCUCCACAAACAGCAUGGAAGAGGGGAAAAGAAUAUGUAUAAGAUUUAAUGUCGAUUCAGCACAAAUGAAUAAACUUUGUGAAAUACACUGUAUGCUACACACCAGUCCUGUCCUGAGCACUUUGUAUGUGAUAGGCCAUCAUAACAAUGUGGAAAAUGUAGCAGUGCACUACUGUAGGUUUUCUGUAUUUCAGUAAGAAUGUAUUUUUUAAAAAAAACCCUUGUGUCACCUAUUCUUACAAUGCAAGUUGUUUGACCUCACAAAGAUGUAUUACUGACUUUUUUGUCGUUGCAACCUACUAUAAAAAGGCUUAUUAUCUUGCUGAGUCAGAAGACUAUAAAGGGAUCACGAUGGAUUGAUGUUCACUUUGAUUAUUAUAGCCGAUUACUCAGUCAAAUUUUGUUUUAAUUACUCGGAAAUACCCAAGAGGUUAUGUAACUGCUGUGCUUCACGUUUACUUUAAAUAUUAUUAUCACGUCACUUUCAAGUAAAAGUGAAGCACAGUCAUUUGCUUAUGCUCAAUCAUCACUCCUGCAAAAAUUUUAUACUCCUAAUUUUGGGCUCAGAAUCAUGUAUACUAUGCAAAACAAAACAAAAAAAAAGAUCAAAAAACACAUGAUUCCCUCAAAGUUCAAGGUGUACAAAAUACAGAAAAUCAAUCAGUAAAACAAUAACAGUAGCCCAAAAAAAGUAUAGGUAAAAAUAUUACAGUAAUAGUAACCAAAAUGUGGAUGCUUUUUUAGCCUUUUAAUGACAAAAUGGUUGCAUCCCUACAAACUAAGGCAAUGACAUGAGUAGUUACAAUACCUAACUGAAAAUAUAAUGAUAUGAUAAAGAGGGCAUCUACCAGUGAGUAGAAGGCUAAGCAGGAUUAAAAUGGGUCUUUGCAUUAAGGAGUUUUGCACUUGAAACUCUUGUAAAAAAUUGUGCCAGAUCUGUAAGACACUGGUAACUAAAUGGAUCCAUUCUUGGCAGCAUAUUAAUUCCGCUGUAAGACAUUGUUUUAAUUGACCGGCCCAUCACCAUCAGACAAGAACUUUGGCAGACAGAAGUCAAAGCCGUCUCGUCAGUUUCCCACUCAUUAAGGCGCUGUUGAAUUGAAGUGCUCCCUUAAUAGCUUCUUGACUGCACGUUAGCAACCUCGGUUUGUAAUCCUCAUCAUUUCCCUGCUGGCCCUUGGUCGGGGGAAAUCGGACUGAAUAAUUUUAACAGAUCUGUAACAAAACCUCUGACGUGGCUGCCACACACUCUCCACACCAGGGAUUUCAGACAAGGCCGGUGUCCCUCUCAAUGUUACUGUUUAUGGGACUACAGAUGGCUUGAGGAAGCACUAUUGUACGCAGCCCUGGUGACACUGCUGGACAAAAAGCCACUGCAGAGAAGGAAAUGUGAUGUGAAGUACUAUUAUGAAGUAAUCCUGUGGGCACUGUAGUAUUUGUGCACAUAUGAUCAGGCCUGGCAUUCACAUUGCAUGGCAUACCACUAACAAAGAUCGACCAAAAUGACAAGUCAUAAAAAGAAUGAUAUGAAAAACACAAAAACAUGGGGAUAAAAUCCCCUCUAGGUAUUUUGGCCUUUUUAAAGAUUUUUUUCUGUAUUAUUCUGCUGUAACACACGUAAAGGGUAGACGGGAUGUUACUGUAUAUACUGGAAUGUAUGUAGUUUAAUUUACUUUUUGACCAAUUGUGUUCUGUCAUACAAGGGCUCAGGGGAUAGAGUGGGUCUGUUGAAUGUUGGAGAAAGACAUUUAUCAAACACUGGGAUUUCUUGUUUGUUCUUUUUGUUUCUGUUUUCCAGUCUGCCCUUACUGCACCACACAUCUAGUGCAGAGAUAAACGAGUAAAAGUGCUUUUAAAUUUUAUUCCAUCGCUUUCAAAUGUGCCACUCAGUGUCUGUUAGGAUGUUAAAAUUAUUUUAUGAAUGAUAAAAUGCCAAAUUAAGGGGUUAUUUAUAUGAAGAUAUAUAUAAAUAAAUGAAUAUAUAUAUUAUAUAUAUUAGAUAUAAUGUGUAGUUUAAGAUUAUUAUGUUUGUUAGAGGCUUUUUUGCACUAGUUGAAUGUUUCUGUUGUGUGUUUACAUGUAACCUUUGGCUCUCUAGUUUGUCAAAAAAAGCAGAUUAUUUUUGCAGAGCAACAUCACCGAUUUGAUUUCCUCCGUUUCUACUGUAUCUCCUCUUUGUUUUCUAUUUGAACUGUAGCUUGUCAACAAACCAUUUCUGUGCGUGUUUUUGUAUUUAUAUUGUAUUGUUGAACUUAAAGCAAUGAAAAUACUGUUGUUAUCCAGCUCCUUUAAUACUGUUUUAUAGUAUGUGUACCAAUAAAUCCAGGUGUAAAAUGGGACAUAA